AUGAAGUGGUUUGACGGCCUACCCCCAAGGUUGAUCACCAGCUUCGACGGUCUAGCUAGGAAAUUCCUGACUAGGUUCUCUAUCCAAAAGGAUAAAAUGAAGCAUGCUCCGAGCUUGUUAGGGAUAAAACAAGAGGUCAGGAAAAUCCUUCGAGAUUACAUGAAAAUGAUUAACCAAGCUUGUUUGGAAAUUCAGAGUUUGCUAACAGAAGCCAUAAUUAUGGGCUUAGUUAAUGGCCUCAGGGAAAGACCAUUCUCCCAGUCAAUAUCCAAAAGGUACUCGACCUCUCUGAACAAAAUUCAGAAAAGAGCCGAGAAAUAUAUCAACAUGGAAGAAAACUCCCGGCUCAGAGAGCCUCCUUCAAGGUCAAACCUACCCUAUUCACCCCGGGACAAAGAAAGGGAGCCCAAGAAAAAAGGUGAGCCAAACAUAGGGAAACCUCAGAAGUACCACAAUUAUACUCCCCUCAAGGUCCCCUUAGUAGAUGUCUAUAGAGAAAUAUUUCACACAGAAAAGCUUCCACCCUCUCGUCCGAUUAAGCACAAGAAAGCCGGAAGUCAGAUGGAGUAUUGCGAGUAUCACAAGCUCUAUAGACACUCCACCAAUGAAUGUUAUGACCUAAAGAACGUCAUAGAAAAGUUGGCUAGAGAAGGCCGACUUGAUAAAAAUCUGGCAGACAGGUCGGACGACCCGAGUAAGAGAAGAAUGGAUGAGGAAGGAGGACGACCGGAACGACCUCCACAAACCCCGAAGUGA